AUGAAAAGAGGGAGAGGUUCUACUGCUGGUGGUGGUAGAGGAAGAAGAGAAGGAGCAGUGUUUCUGCUGGUGGUGGUAGAGGAAGAAGAGAAUGAAAGGUUGUUGGUGAAGGAUCGGGAGAUGAUUGGGGUUGUGGUGGUGGUAGAGGAAGAAGAGGAGUUUUACAUUACAAUAAUCAACAAAGGGUUACUAUCGGGGUCAAUGGCACGCGUUGCUAUAUGGUAUAACGGAAAGGUUGUCGAUGACAACCCCCAUAAUCCGAAGUAUGUGGGUGGGAAAUUUAAAAUGUUUGACGUUGGAGAGAAUAUAGCAGUGAGUGAGUUCUUUGAGAUUGUCAGAGAAAAAUGUGGUAUCGGGAGUAGUAUCGGCAUUACAAUAAAUUAUCGUCUUUUCCUUAGCUCCACCUCUGCUGCGCUUGUUGACAUUGCUGGAUGUGACACACUUACACCAUCUGCAAACAAACAAGUUCUCAGUGAUUUCCUGUCGGGCUCUGAGAUACAUGCAUUUUAUGUUCAAAAAGAAUGUGCACCAGCCGAAGAACCGAACCCAAGGGAAAUAAUUGAGAGAACUUCUGCUGGUAGCAAGGAACCAUGCCCUAGAGGGACGGUUGAAAGGAACCUUCUUAAGACGAGAAGCAGUACCACAGUACAGACACGUGCGAUGAGGAGGCAAGAACAAGCUCCAUCUGGCCUUGCUAGGGAAACCGUGGUAGCAGAUGUUGCAGAUAGUUCGAGGUCAUCACCCCACCAUUCUUUUGACAAUGUCAUAGACGGUUCAUCUGAUAGUUCCUCCUUGGAUGAUGAACAACACAAUGAACCAUUGUUGACCUCUUCUUGGGAUGGUGGGCAGGAUGAAAUGGAAUCUCCAACUGAUAAUCCAACACGCCCGAACACUCAAGCAUCUGGGAGGCGUAGAUCAAUUUUUAAACCAGCUGUAGGAGGCAGUAGGUUCACUAGUGCAGAUCUUAAUCCUCCUAUUCCAACAAGUUCCACUCUAGACAAUGAGUUUUUUGUGGGUCAAAUCUUUGAGACGAAACAGAAAUUGAAGUUUGCGUUGCAUGAUAUAGCAGUACUGUCCAGGAGAGAAUUGAGGGUCAAUAAAAGCGACCAUCAAAGUUUAGAGUGGAGAUGUGGAGCAAAAGGCUGUGGAUGGUGCAUUCGGGGAAAUAAAAUUGGUGAGUUGCCAUCAUUUAGAAUUACUCGGUAUUUGAAACCUCAUACAUGUAAACCACAAGAAGGACAGUGGGAUCCCAAGCAAGCAUCAGUUGAUUGGAUUGCUGCUAAGGAAAAAGAGAUGUUAAAGAUUCAUCCAGAUUUAAGCACCAAAGAGAUAGUUACAAACAUCGAAACACGGUUUGGUAUCAAAGUUUCAAGAUCAAAGUCAAAAAGGGCAAUGGCGUCAGCAAAAGAAUCUCUUCAUGGAAAUUACAAGGACUCCUUUGGUAAUCUUAGAGGUCUUGAGAGAGAAUUUACCAGCAAAGGAGAUGGGACAGUAACGAAUCUGAUUGUCAACGAUGAUGGAACAUUCCGAAAUUUCUUUUGGGCAUUUGGACCAUGUAUAGAAGCUUUUAACAUUUGUUUGAGGCCAGUAAUGAUAAUGGACAGUACAAUCCUAACAGGACGUUACAGUGGAGUGCUAUUGAUCGCUUGUGGAGUUGACGGGGAGAACGGAAUUGUGCCAAUUGCAUUUUCAGUGGUUGAGGAAGAGAAUGACGAUGGCUGGAGUUUCUUUGCAGAAUGCGUUCAAAACCUCGUCUUGGGUCCAAGUCGUAAAGAACUAACCAUUAUCACAGACAUGAAAGAGUCUAUUGUCACGUCAAUAAAGCAAUUUCUACCAUUAGCCCAUCAUUCUUUCUGCCUUCAGCGCCUGACAGAGAACUUUGUCUCUAAGUGCCAUGAAAGGAUUCUCGAAGCUUUAGUUUGGCGAUGUGGGACAGCAUUCACUAGAAAAGAGUGUGACUACUUCCUGGAGCAUUUAAGAAGAGGGAACACUCAAGCUUCAUAUUGGUUGGAAGCAGUGGAUAAGAGCUUAUGGGCAACAAGCUAUUUUAGUGGGUGCAGGUACGACCUUUACACAAAAAAAUUAACUGAAAGCUUCAAAGCCAUCAUCGGUGAUGUCUUAGACCUUCCUAUCACUGGACUGAUUCUCGGAACACGUACUAAGGUUGCAGAUUAUUUGUAUGAGCGUCAACAGGAUGUGUCGGAUAUUGCCAAUGGAUUGACAAAGCACUAUGCACGACUAUUGGAGACUUCUCAAUUAGAAUCAAACAUCUAUAAUGUAACACACUUCAGUCUGCAUGAGUCACGAGUGUAUAUCCAAGACCAAGAGUUUUCAGUGAACUUAAAUGGACGCACAUGUUCGUGUCGUCAGUAUCAAUUAAUGGGAAUGCCAUGUGUCCAUGCAAUUGCGGCAAUACAAGCUCGGCACUACAACAUCUAUGAUUAUUGUGCUUAUUGGUACACAAUUGAAACAUACCGUCAAACUUAUUCAAAGACGCUUUCUACUAUUCAAAGUUGUAUUGAUUGGCCUUGUGAGUCAAAUGACUCUCCAAUUCUGCCACCAACAUGCGGAGCAGAGGGGGUCGUCCAAAGCGUAAGAGCAUAGAAUCUCAGUCACUAGUUCGUGGUGGUACAGUACGAUGCGGAAAGUGCAAGGAACCUGGACACAACCGACUUAAAUGUGGGGUCAAAUCACCAUAAAGAAGUAUGUUUUACGUGGGCUAAAGAGCGGUCGAGUUCGUUCUGAAUUGGCGGGAUAAAAUCUAACCUUGCUGUCAAUAGGGAUAAGGAUUGUCGGUCGGAGAAGUAAAGCUUUAGAUUUCAACAAUUCUUUUGCCUCUUCUUCUUAUCAUUAUGUCAAUAGGGAUUGUAACUUUAUAGCGGAUGCCAAAUAUCUUAAUCGGUUUGAUAUCCAGAAAAUAGAUUCUAGAUGUUGGGACAGAAGUAGGAAAGGUAAAUAUCUAAAUGAUAUCUGUAUCUUAAAUAAUGUUUUUGUUUUGGCUUAGGCUUAGUUUGGUAAUGGUGCGGCUU